ACUCGUCAUCGUUAUGCCGCAAGACGAUCGUCUAAGAAUCUCGGCAAUCCUGGACCAUAUCAGCUUCGAAGAAGCUUUCCUUCGACGUAAUGAAAUUCCCAUCAAUCUCAUAGGAAGCGACGUAAUCAGCCACAGCAGAUGGGUAUACCUGGUAGAGUGGGAGCUCACUAAUGGCGCGCUGGUUAAAACCUGGGAGCCAGGCGAUCGCCUAUAUUGUGAAGAGCUUGAUGAAUAUAAUGAGAAGCAUGGUUUGACGGAAGAUAGAAAUACGAGCUGGGCGUUGAUUCACUUCACCUGCGUUAAACAAAAACAAAACGAUGAAGAAGGCGAAAAUGAACACAACUAAUCUUACUAGUUGCACUAAUCACAGUGAUUAUUUACCAUUGAAACGACAUACAAUAUCCAAUAAAUUCCUGUAUACAGCUUUACAAUAAAGAGUUUCG